CCACACAUAGACACUGUUAUGUAUUGGCAGAAACAUAUUUUCUCACAGUCUGGGCUCCAGGAGGGGUUUUGGGGAGACUGUGCCUUUCUGAACUGGGUGGUGCAGUUCAUGGAAAUCCAGGUGCCUCAACCUUAUGUUGAUUCAAGAUUUCCAUCAAAACAUGAUGCACUACAGAUUUCCACCCAAACCAGGAGCAAGUCCACAGCCAGUAGACAUGGCGAAGGAGGGAAGAUCAGUCACUAGAACCUAAUGCAUUUAAGUAGGGAAUGAACUGCUUGAAAAGAACUGACCAACAAUAGUAACUUCUGUGAAAGAUCCUGGGUAGGGCACUCAGCUAAGGUAUUCCAAAUACAUCUAAAAUUUGGAGCUUUCUUGGACAAUGAUCACAGUGGUUUGGGUGUUGAUCCUAGCAGUUUCAGUCUAUUCUGCCUUCAUUUGGAAGAACCGGCAGAACCCGGUACAUCAACUGACUCUUGAGACCCUGGAGAGAGUUAGAGACAUAUUGGAGCGUUCAACAUCAAUGGAUGAGGGCAUGAGAACAGGCUUCCAAGUGCUCUUACAGAAAUUUUAUGAAGAACCCCCAUGGGUGAUGAAAAACGCUCAUGUGAUCCUCAAAGGGAAUGAUGGAAAAGAAGUGGAGUUUGCAGCAGGGAAGAGAGAAUGGAAGAUCGUCAUCUGUGCUGGUGGUAUCCAUUAUCAGGUAACAGGCCCAUCCGCAGAGCUGGAUGAGGCCAGAAGAGGUUUUCUGCAUCAACCCCUAAGCGUUGAAAACCUAGAGAGAGUGAGGAGCACAUUGGAAGAUCAUGGAUUGUUGGAUGAAGGGCUGAGAGUCUGCUUUCUUGUGGCCAUUCAGAACUUCCCCAAAGAACCCUCGUAUGUGAAGAACAAUGCCCAGAUGGUCCUCAAGGGCAAUGAUGGGAAGGAAUUUGAGUUUGGCUCUGGGAACCAAGAGUGGAAGAUCAGUAUUUUUGCUGGUGACUGGAACUACCAUGUGACAGCCCCAUCUGCACGCAUGUAUCUGACCAGAUUACGCUCUCAGCCACAGCCACUCAGCAUCCAAACUUUAGAAGAAGUGAGAGAUGGCUUGGCGAAAUGGAAGGUGUUAACUCCCACCCUGAACGACUGCUUCGAGUUGGCCAUUCGAGAGUUCUCCAGAGAACCUAAUGCCAUAAAAAACAAUGCCCAGAUGGUCAUUCAUUUUGAUGAGAAUUGGAGGAACCUGGAAUUUAAAGCAGGGAAUGGAGAUAACAAGUUCUGUGUUACCAGUAGUAAUGGGGAUCCUCACUACCAGGUGAUGGAGAUGGCCUCAGAUACAUGUUUGGAGCGAUUAUGUCAUGUGCCAGUGGCAAUGCGAGCUGAGAAAGUUAUAGAAGUGCGCAACACAUUGGCCGGACAAAGCUUGCUAUCUGAGAAUCUAAACUUGUGUUUUGAGCACAUGGUGAGUGAAUUGCCAAAGUAUCCAAAGCUCUUCUCUAAGAGACCCGAAAUGUACAUCAUGUGGAAUGAAUCAAGUUUACUUCUUGUCUCACCCCAAGGAGACUGUGAGAUCUCAGUACAUUGUGAUAAGGGAACAGCAAAGUGCAUAGUCAAUGUGAACAGCUUGGAGCUCAACAACAACUGGGAGAUAUUCUGGGAGAGAAUCAAGCACCAGACACAUCCACUAUCCAUUAAAACACUGGAAGAAAUGAGAACCAAAGUCAGAAGUAUGCCAGGAAUCCCAAAUCACAUUGUGGAAAAAUUCAACAUAGCCUUCCAAGGUUAAGUGAGAUUAAGUGCUUGCAAAAUAAUGCCCGGCUUGUCAUUGAGUGUGAUGACGGGGAGAUAGUUUUCCUGUCUGGUAAAGGAAAAAACAAAAUUGAUAUAUGCUUUAAAAAUGGAACAAUCACUUACUCUGUACAGUCAUCCAAUUUGAAAGUGCAGGCAAUCAAGAUGUUUCGUAAAAUUCAUGGUGCUAUUUUACCACUUCUGCCACAUCUUCUUAAAUUGGCAUUUACGUUACUUUGAAAUGUAAUUAUCUUUCACCCUGUAUUAGUUCUAACAAAAAUAACUAUAAUCAUAUUUCUACUGAAUCAUCAGCUCUACACUAUUGCUAUCCCAAUCCUUGUUCAACUUAUUAACCCAUAAUCCAACACUGAAACCCUACCCUGUUUCCCUGAAAAUAAGACAGGGUCUUAUAUUAAUUUUUUACUUCCAAAGAUGCACUAGGUCUUAUUUUCAAGGGAUGUCUUAUUUUUCCAUGAAAAAGAGCUCACAUUUAUUGUUGAACAACAAAAUGAACAUUUAUUAUAUACUGUACUGUAGUUGUCAUCACAAACCAGCAUAACCAGACAAACUGUGAAUCCUAUCAAAAAUUUCUUGUUACUACCAUUAUUUACAUGUACAACAAUCUAUGGUAUCUCUUGCAGUUUAGGUUUCACAAGGUUUCCACGCUGAUUUCUCUCUAUUCUAGUUUCAUAGUCAUGAAUGAUGAAUAAUAUAAUAUACAAUAAUAAUAAUAAUAA